AACGGUUUCCGGGUUUCCCUUCCUGGGCUGGGACAGCGGCAAGAGGCAAAAAAAAGCUCCUGUUGAUUAACAAGUAUUCAAAGUUACGCUCAGGUAUCCAGUAAGCAGCAGCAAUGUCUCAGUCUGGAGAGAAAGGGAAGUUCCCAGAUGCAGCAGGUUAUGUCGGGUUCGCCAACCUCCCGAACCAAGUGCACCGAAAGUCGGUAAAAAAAGGGUUUGAAUUCACCCUCAUGGUUGCAGGGGAGUCUGGUCUGGGCAAAUCAACGCUUAUAAACAGCCUGUUUCUCACUGAUCUCUACCCUGAACGCUACAUCCCCGGUGCUGCAGAGAAGAUCGAGAGGACAGUGCAGAUCGAGGCGUCGACUGUGGAGAUCGAGGAGCGAGGGGUGAAGCUGCGCCUCACCGUGGUCGACACCCCCGGAUACGGCGACGCCAUCAACAGCCAGGACUGCUUCAAGACCAUCAUCCAGUACAUCGACAAUCAGUUCGAGCGAUACCUCCACGACGAGAGCGGCCUGAACCGAAGACACAUCGUGGACAACAGGGUGCACUGCUGCUUCUACUUCAUAUCUCCGUUUGGACAUGGCCUAAAGCCUCUGGAUGUGGAGUUUAUGAAGGCCAUCCACAGCAAAGUCAACAUAGUCCCGGUCAUUGCCAAGGCCGACACGCUGACACUGAGGGAGAGGGACCGCCUGAAGAGGAGGAUCCUGGACGAGAUCGCAGAGCACGGGAUCCGGAUCUACCAGCUGCCCGACGCCGACUCAGACGAGGACGAGGAGUUCAAGGAGCAGACCCGAGUCCUGAAGGCGAGCAUUCCCUUCGCUGUGAUUGGCUCCAACCAGUUGAUUGAGGUGAAGGGGAAGAAGAUCCGUGGUCGUCUCUACCCCUGGGGAGUCGUUGAGGUUGAGAACCCUGAGCACAAUGACUUCCUCAAACUACGCACCAUGCUUGUGACCCACAUGCAGGACCUCCAGGAGGUAACCCAGGAUCUGCACUACGAGAACUUCCGCUCAGAGAGGCUGAAGACAGCGGGCAGGGCUGUGGACGAGGACGAGGUGGAUAAAGACCAGAUCCUUCUGCAGAAAGAGGCAGAGCUGAGACGCAUGCAGCAGAUGAUCGCUCAGAUGCAGGCACAGAUGAAGAUGAAAUCAGACGAGUGAAAGAGUUGCAGUGGAAGGGAAACGCUGUGAUCCGAACCUCCCCCAACACACACACACACACACACACACACACACACACACACACACACACACACACACAAACACACACACAC